CUCACAAAAGCUACCUCCACCCAAAAUUCCAAUUUUCAGCAGCAAAAAAAACCCACCACGAAAGUCUUCUUCCACGUGGCAAGCCACUUCGCUUCCCACCAUGGCUCCAUUAAAGAAUAAAGAUACUUCACCGCCUGCUUUAAUGCUCUCUCUUGUCUCUAUUAGCAUUAUCCAUCUUUGCCUGAUUCAGAUAAACAGUUGCAGGUCUUUCUCUGUGAAAAACAGAAAAUUCUUUGUAUCUCUAUGGUUGGAGUAAUGGUAAGAGACAGAUACUCUUGAGAUUUUGGGGGUUUCGAGUAUGGGUAGUUUGGGCCGUGUUUUGGCGGUUUCUUUCCCUAAUAAACCGCCGUGCCUGUCCGGUCCUCACUGCUCACAUCACUUAAAUGGUAGAUUUGUAGGUGUCAAACGCAAUUUAAGCUCGAAAUGGAGAUCUAUGGCGUCUGAGCUGGAAUCUUCUUCCUUCGUGCCUUCUGUUGAUUCUGAUUCCACUGAUAUAAACGCCGCUGGGUUUUGUAUUAUAGAAGGGCCUGAAACGGUUCAAGACUUAUCUAAAAUGGAACUGCGAGAAAUUCGAGAUAAUAUCCGAAGUCGGCGAAACAAAAUUUUCUUGCAUAUGGAGGAGGUUCGUAGGCUAAGGAUACAACAGAGAAUCAAGAGUGCUGAACUUGGGAUUUUAAGCGAAAAACAAGAGAAUGAGCUUCCUAACUUUCCAUCAUUCAUCCCCUUCUUGCCUCCUUUGAGUGCAGAAAAUCUGAAAUUAUAUUAUGCUACUUGUUUUUCUCUCAUUGCUGGGAUUAUCAUUUUUGGCGGCCUUUUAGCACCCACCUUGGAGCUUAAGCUCGGAUUAGGGGGGACGUCAUAUGCAGAUUUUAUCCAUAGUGCCCAUUUACCUAUGCAAUUAAGUCAGGUUGAUCCUAUAGUGGCUUCAUUCUCUGGAGGAGCUGUUGGUGUGAUCUCAGCCUUGAUGGUAGUCGAGAUAAACAAUGUAAAACAACAGGAACAUAAAAGAUGCAAAUAUUGUCUUGGAACUGGGUAUCUCGCUUGUGCUCGUUGCUCAAGCACUGGAGCGCUUGUUCUUAUUGAACCAGUUUCAACGGUCAAUAGUGGAGAUCAGCCACUGUCAGCACCCAAAACAGAAAGAUGUUCGAAUUGUUCAGGAUCUGGAAAGGUGAUGUGCCCCACAUGCCUUUGCACUGGAAUGGCUAUGGCUAGCGAACACGACCCGAGGAUUGACCCCUUCGACUAGACGUGUGUUAAAAUAAUUAUGUCACUAGAGUGGCAUGGCAGGUGAACAUGGCUCAUGGAUCGAUCCUUUGCUAGAAUGAUUCUUCUCUCUCUCUCUCUCUGGUCUGUGCCAUAGAUUUCCAUGGGAUAAGAAAAGACUUCAUGUCUCCUUAUCAUGUCCAUGUUUAUAGAAAAUUGCAACAUUUUUUUUCUCCUAUUUGUAUAUUUAAGCAACGAAAAUAAUACAUGUCUUUCAAUUUGAAAAAGUAUGGGAAGGGAUUGUCUUA